UUGUUUUCUGUGUGUCUAGAAAUGCUGUCUAACAAAGUGGGCAAACAGCUGGGUCACCCCACGUAUUCUUUAUCUGGAUGGUUGGUGACCAAAUUCCUUAAAUGGCACAAUCAGAUUUUGGAGGAGAAUGCAGUGAAAUUGAGCAACAUACAACCCAACGACACAGUGCUGGAGCUGGGUCACGGGCCGGGCUUCGGUCUUCAGGAGGCCUCGCAGCUCCUCAUGGGCCCGAGAGGGAAACUGCUGGGUGUGGACUACUCACAAUACAUGCAUCAGAUGGCCAGCAAGCGCAUGGAGGAGCAGAUCUCCAGAGGAAAGGCUGUGUUGUAUUACAGUGAUUUGGUGGCCAUGCCGAUAGAGGAAAACACUGUUGACAAGGUGUUUCACUGUAACUGUUAUUACUUCUGGCCGGAUCUCAAAGCGGGAGCGAAAGCGAUCCACAGAGUGAUGAAACCAGGUGGAAUUAUGGUCACAACUCUCAGACUAGGCAGUAUUACCAAAGCAGCUUCUAUGGGAGUGCUCACUGGAGACAAAUGGAGACCUGAGGUCUACAUGGAAGCGCUGGAGUCCUCUGGGUUCACAGAUGUGCGAAUGGAGAACAAAAUGGAGAAACUCAUCAAAUUUCAAGCUAUUUUUGCCACUGCUGUGAAAUGAAAUUC